AUGGAUGUAAAAAAAACGAUAAUAAAAUGCUCGAGCACACGAGAAUUUACAAACGUGGAGAAUUCCAAAAAAACUGAAGAACCUUUAAAAAGUGGUAAGGAUGAUUUUAGUGUUAAUUUAUAUGAUAACGAAAUAAAAUAUAGUGAUGAUAUGCAGACAAUAAUUAAGAAAGUAAUAAAUGAAAAGAAUAUACAUUUUUAUAAAAAGUAUUCUUCUUAUUUAUUAUAUUUAAGUAAUGAAAAUCAAAUGAAUGAUAGUGAAGGUGAUGAUAGUUAUACAAAUGAUGAAAAUACAAAAGUAUUUUUUAAAAUCCAAUUAAAUCCACAGAAUAUGAGUAUAAUAUAUAAUAUAGUAGAUAAAAAAACAAUUGAAAAAAUAUUAUCUUUAUGUGCAAAUAAAUAUAAAAGAAGUAAAACAUCUAUUGGAUAUUCAAAUGAUAAACAAGAAAAUUAUAAAUUGACAAAUUCAAUCAAUCGUACUAGUUCAACUGUAUUUUUAUAUACAUUAAGAAGUAGAUCAGUAAUUGAAGAUAAUCAAAUUGAUGCAGAGAGUUCUAUAGUAUAUACAAAAGAUGAAAAUAUAAUAGAAUUAGAAAAUACAAUUUGUAAUUUGGUUAAGAUACCAUUAUGUUAUUUAGAACCUCUAGCCAUUGUGAAAUAUGAAAAAAAUAAUUAUUUUAAUUUACAUCAUGAUGGAUCUUUUAGAAGAGCUACACUUUUAAUAUAUUUAAAUGAUGUUGAUAAAGAUGGAGAAACUAUAUUCCCUUGUCAUAAUUUAUCUAUUAAACCCAUACAAGGUUCAGGUGUUUUCUGGUAUAAUAAUAUAUCUGUAGAUGAUGAAUAUGCAAUUACAUAUUGUAUUAAUAAAAUAAAUCAAAUAACAUAUGAAGAACAAAAUAAUAAAUAUAAUCAUAUUUUAGAUGAAAAUAAUAAUUCUUCGGUAUUUCUAACUGAUAGUGCAAAAGUAUAUUAUCCAUCAGCUUAUACAAAUGAAAAUCAAACACCCACAACAUCAUUUCAUAAUCCAUUUCAAGAUGGGUUCUUCUUAAAAAAUAAUACAACAACAAACAAGAAAUGUAUAAAUACAAAUGAAAAUUUUAAUGAUAACUCAAAUCCAAAUCAUGUUCUUAAAAAGAAAAAAGAUCUAGUUAAUUUUCUAAACGAUAAAAAUAAUUUACAAAAAUAUUCAAUUGAUCUAGUUUAUGAUGAACUAGGAAAUACAUAUAUAGCCGAUAUGACAAUGGUGCAUCAAGGAAAUAGGGUAACUGAACAGUAUAAAUAUGUUAUUAAUUGUUUUUUUAACGUAAAUAUUGUUAGAAAUAUAUAA